AUGGCCCCAUUUGAUCCUAUCGAGAGAUAUGGUGCUGGGUGGAAGACACACGACGAUGGACGUGAAUCACGUGUACUACGAGUCGUGAUCAAGGACGGGAGGUACUGUUUCGAAGAUCGACAUACGGGGAGGUUCCAACCGAUAGCCAAUGCAAUAUCUCCCAGCGAGGAAAGUAGCACGCCGAGAUCUGAACGAGAUCAACUACCCCGACGCCUGGAACGUCCUGAAGGACGUGGUGCUCAGCAGGAACCUCGACGACGGGAACAUCAAGCACCGAUUCCACAAGGCUACGAGUUGCAGACUGCCGCUGCAGGCUCGCGUUCAACGUCGCACCCGUCUGCUAGUGAGACUACAGCAUCACAUCGCGGAGUACCGAUCCGAACACGGAGGCCAUCACAAGACGCCCAACCAGGUAACCUCACACUGGAUAAACCCACCUUGGAAAACUCGUCUCAGUCUGACCUCCUUCUCGGCUUCAUCGCUAUUAAAUAUGGUGACCUCGAGGAAUGCAACGCCUUCAUCAAGAAGCAUAAGCGCAUCCUGGACGUGGAUCCUCAAGCUCUUCUGAACUCUGCAGUCCAGCCCAGGAGAACUGCAGACGAUCUGCAUACUCUCCGUUGCGUCCAGCGCUAUGUCAUCCUCAAAGCUUGCAAAAGUCGCAAUGCUCGCGAACGGGAUGACUAUCUUCAUCAUCUGGGGGGAAAGGGCGAAGAGGGCAAGGACGACCGGGUGGAGUAUGCUCGAGACCUUAAGCAGACACUGGACUCCGUGAGCCGCCUGUUGAAGGCCGACCCCACCGCAAGCCGCGAAUCAACGCUGUCCACAUCCAGAAAUCAGGGUUCUGGCAAUGAUCAAAUGAACAUGAAGGACCAAAGCCAGCAAUCGUACAGCGUCCCCGGCCUUCCCGUUCCGUCGUAUCGGCCGCCGGCGAUGUCAAGCACAGCUACAUAUGAGACCACAGCGUCAUUUUCGUCCUAUGGGCAGCAGACCAGUCGUGUUCAAUCCAACCAGACGAGUGGAGAGGUACAGGGCAGGACCUUUCCCCAUCCGUCAGGCACCACUGCGCCGUUUAUGCCAGCUAGACACAACAGCGGACGCGGAGACUGUCAUGUACCUGCGGUUCCCUCUAUCCCGAUUUCGCGCGCGAGCACGAAUUCUGAGCAUGGAAAUAAGGCAACCCAUGAUCAGAGCGGAUCGCGGGGAACUGGAUUAUCUUAUGCUCAUCCUCCAAGGGAAUUCCAGCCUCGCCGCAACAGGUUUAUCUUGCCGACUGUUGGCGGCUUGGACAAUGUCGAGUUCAGGGGUCUACCCCAGCUUCAGGUGGCAGACACUGAGCUUCUCGAUGCAAACUACACCUUACGUGACGAUGCCAGAACCUUCUUCUCUGAGGGAAGGGUCUUUUCGAUGAUGUUCCACGAAAACUUUGGCCUCACACGUGGUUUCCGUGGCAGCCUGCAGCCUCCCAGUCUUGACAGCCCCGGAGUGACCAAAGGACCGCGAGGUGAAUAUAUAUAUAGCCACAUCCGGAGAAUGGCUGUGGUCAGACAACGAAAAGGCUAUUGCAUUUGCGUGCCCAUCUACUCUUAUCGACAACGAGGCGUUACGAAGAAGGUCGGUGAUGACGGGGCUCAAGCGCACGCGAUCGUCUACUCAAGCCGUCGGAAGGAACCACCUGCAGCGUUGCCCGGAGAGCCCGAUUUCGAGAAGAAGGCCAUCGCCGUCGAGCUCGCAGAUGACCAGGAGUUGGGCCAUGCGAGCCGAAUCCAUUUUGGGAAAAUCCAUAGCAUCGAAUGGAAUAUCAAAGUGAUGACCAUCGGUCAUGUUGCCCAGCGUUCGAUGGUCGACUUUGAAACAUACUGGAAAGAAGAGUUGGCUCGCUAG